ACCUGAUCCUUCAGCACUGUGUCAUCUUCUUCAGAAUCAGACCCAAAACGGGUCUCCCUCUUUCGCAUUGGGUGUUCUGUAAUCGACUGGGAAUGGCAGUCUCUUCUACUCCCUGUCUUCAACCUCAAAUUAAAGUUUCUCAGCCUCCUCUCAGCUUUACGACCAAGGUUUACUCGGGACUAAAGCCUCAAUCUGCUAGUCCAUUCGGAGGAGCAAAACCUAAUCUUACUGCUGAAUUCUAUGGAAAAGUUCAUAAAAGUCUACAAGCCAGGGCACAGAACAAAAAGGCUGCUCGUGCACAAUUUCAGAUGAUGCCUAUAGGAACACCAAGGGUGCCUUACAGAACUCCUGGAGAGGGAACAUGGCAAUGGGUUGAUUUGUGGAAUGCCCUAUACCGAGAACGAGUGAUCUUCAUUGGGCAAAACAUUGAUGAAGAGUUUAGCAAUCAAAUUUUGGCCACAAUGCUAUAUCUUGACAGCAUUGAAACUUCCAAGAAACUCUAUAUGUAUAUAAAUGGCCCAGGUGGAGAUCUAACUCCAAGUAUGGCCAUCUACGAUACAAUGCAGAGCUUAAAGAGUCCUGUAGCUACCCAUUGCGUGGGUUAUGCCUAUAAUCUGGCAGCCUUUCUUCUAGCAGCUGGAGAAAAGGGUAACCGCUGUGCUAUGCCUCUAUCAAGAAUUGCUUUGCAAUCCCCAGCCGGAGCUGCUCGUGGCCAGGCUGAUGAUAUUCAAAAUGAAGCAAACGAGCUCUUGAGAAUCAGGGAUUAUCUUUAUGAUGAGCUUUCUAAGAAAACAGGCCAGCCAGUUGAAAAGAUUAACGAGGACUUGAGUCGAAUGAAGCGUUUUAAUGCUCAGGAAGCUCUUGAUUAUGGACUUAUUGACCGUAUAGUUAGGCCACCUCGCAUUAAGGCCGAUGCACCUCGCAAGGAUGCUGGAACAGGGCUUGGUUAGAGUUGAAAAACAAUCCUUCACAUGUUUGUUUUUAGGCUCACAUGGAGCACACGACUAAUUAAUUAUAAUUUAUGUAUGAAAGUUCAUAUCUUGUUUCGAUGGAUCAUAUUUAAAUGGAAGUUCUUUGGAAAUA